UCUCGACGUCUGUGAGAGAGGAAGGAACUAUGGCGGACGACUCGCACAAGUUCUGGGAUACCCAGCCUGUGCCUAAGCUGAGUGAGGACACGCCCGACGAUGUCAACGAGCCGAUCGUGCCCGAGUACGAGGAGAUCCGCCAGGAGCCGUACAAGCUCCCGCCGGGUUUUGAGUGGUCGAUCAUCGACAUCGAUGCGCCAGAGCAGCUGACCGAGGUGUACACCCUGCUGGCCAAGAACUACGUGGAGGACGACGACUGCAUGUUCCGCUUCGACUACUCGCGCGAGUUCCUCUGCUGGGCACUCAAGCCGCCUGGAUGGCUCCCGCAGUGGCACCUCGGCGUCCGUUCGACCAAGAAGAAGUCGCUGCUCGCGUUCAUCUCGGCCGUCCCUGCCGACAUCCACGUCCGCGGCACGUCUGUGCCCAACGUGGAGAUCAACUUUCUGUGCGUCCACAAGAAGCUGCGGACCAAGCGCCUUGCUCCGGUACUCAUCCAGGAGAUCACCCGCCGCGUCCACCUCGAGGGAAUCUUCCAGGCCGUGUACACGGCUGGCGUCGUCCUCCCGCGCCCGAUCGCGUCGUGCAUGUACUACCAUCGGUCGCUCAACCCCAAGAAGCUUGUCGAGGUCGAGUUCUCGUACCUCAAGCCGAACAUGACCAUGAAGCGGCUCAUCCGGCUCUACAAGCUGCCCAACGAGCCGGUGCUCAAGGGCCUGCGGCCGAUGACGCCUGCCGACGUCCCCUCGGCAGCCGAGCUUCUCCGCAACUACCUCACGUCGAUGGACCUCUACCAGCGCAUGUCCGACGAGGAGUUUGCGCACUGGCUCCUCCCACGCGACGGCGUCGUCUCCUCGUACGUCAUCGCCGACGACAACGGCAACGUCACCGACUUUUGCUCGUUCUACUCGCUGCCGUCGACCAUCAUCGACCACCCCAAGUACAACACGCUUAACGCCGCCUACUCGUACUACAACGUUGCCACCUCGGUCGAGCUCAAGACCCUCAUGAACGACGCCCUCAUCCUCGCCAACAGCGCCGGCUUUGACGUCUUCAACGCCCUCGAUCUCAUGGACAAUGCCGACUUUCUCACCGACCUCAAGUUUGGCAAGGGAGACGGCCACCUCCAGUACUACACCUUCAACUGGCGGACCGCGCCCACUACGCCGUCCAAGAUCGGCCUCGUCCUCCUCUAGCCGUAGCCGACUGAGUAACAUCCGUGUCAAGCGUGCAUCAUA